AUGGAUCCUCCUUACGACGAUGGCUUGGACGACUUCGCACCUCAUUUCCCGGGCACUGGCGGCUCCAGUCCGACAGCGAGGUUGAUUGCUCGCAGACGCCAAAAUGCUCCGCCUCCCUCAACAAACUUCACAUCACCAAUGGACACAUCGUCGCCAAUUCCCUCCACUCCAACCGUUCACAGUGAUCAAGCUACUUCGACCCCCGUUGUGCACGGGAUACCCUUGGUCAGUUUGCGCCAGGCCCUGCCCGACAGAUUCCGUUCCAUAUUUCCAUACGAGCUCCUCAACGCUGUGCAAUCCAAGUGUUUCGACGUUGUCUACCACACAAACGACAACGUGGUCGUCGCUGCCCCGACGGGGAGUGGGAAAACUGCUAUCUUGGAGCUGGCCAUUUGCAAGUUGGCGCUCGAUCGGGGAAACGAGAACUUCAAGAUCGUCUAUCAGGCGCCGACCAAGGCCCUUUGCGCCGAGAGGGCGCGCGACUGGGACAAGAAGUUCAGCCACAUGAACUUGAAGUGUGCCGAGCUGACCGGCGAUACGUCGCAGGCCGAGAUGAGGCGUGUUGGUGAUGCUUCCAUCAUUGUCACGACCCCUGAAAAAUGGGACUCCAUCACCCGCAAGUGGCACGACCACCGAAGGCUUCUGCAGGUGGUGGAACUGUUCCUCAUCGAUGAGGUUCACAUCCUGAAGGAUGCUCGCGGCGCUACCCUUGAGGCCGUUGUGUCCCGGAUGAAGACGAUUGGGGCCAACGUCCGCUUCCUCGCCCUGAGCGCAACCGUGCCGAACUCGGAGGACAUUGCAAGGUGGCUGGGCCGCAACCACACGAACCAGCAACUGCCCGCUCACCGGGAGGCCUUUGGUGAAGAGUUCCGGCCCGUGAAGCUUCAAAAGUUUGUCUACGGCUUCGAGAGCAACAGCAACGAUUUCAUCUUCGACAGAUUCCUCGACCAGAAGCUUCCCGGCUUGAUUGCCCGCCAUACUCGUCAAAAGCCGAUUCUCGUGUUCUGCUUUACCCGGAAGUCGUGUGAAAGCACGGCGUCAUUGCUGGCGGAGUUCGCUUCCGGACGGCCUGACGGGGAUCGGCUGUGGCCCGUUCCUUCCCAGCGGGUGCCAGUUCUGAGCAGGGAGCUGCAGGAGAUUGUCAAGUUCGGUGUAGCGUUCCACCACGCUGGCCUAGACGCGCAGGAUCGGACCGCGAUCGAACAGAAUUUCUUGAAGGGCCAACUUGGCGUCAUCUGUUGUACCUCGACCUUGGCGGUGGGUGUCAACUUACCCUGCCACACCGUCAUCCUCAAAGGGACCGUUGGCUUCUCGGACGAGAGGCUGGAGGAGUACUCCGAUUUGGAGGUCAUGCAGAUGCUCGGUCGCGCAGGUCGGCCACAGUUCGAUGACAGCGCGACAGCCAUCGUCCUCACCCGUGCCGCCAACAAGGAGCGCUACCAGAAGAUGGUCUCCGGCCAGGAAGUCUUGGAGAGCACGCUUCACCUCAACUUGAUUGAGCACCUCAACUCGGAGAUUUGCUUAGGAACCAUUCACAAUCUGGCAUCCGCGAAGACGUGGCUUGGCGGGACGUUUCUGAGCGUCAGGCUCAGACGCAAUCCCAACUACUAUCAGCUCACCGGCGGGUCGACGAAUGUGCCUCAAAUCGACGACGGGCUGGAGGAGAUUUGUGAGCGCGACAUCAAACAACUGCAGGACGCGGAGCUUGUCACAGACCAGGAAUCGUUUCGUUGCACAGAGUACGGCCGGGCAAUGUCCAAGUACAUGGUUGAGUUCCUCACCAUGCGACUGCUGCUGCAGAUCCCGCGGGGCGUCGGCAUGGAGGCCUUGAUUACCAUCUUGUCCCAGGCGUCCGAGUUCAAGGAGUUCCGCUUCAAACCGGCAGAAAGGCCCAUCUUUCGCGAGAUCAACCAGUCCCCCUUGAUCAUGUACCCGGUCAAGGAGGCGGUAACUCAGACGCGACACAAGAUCUCGCUUAUGAUCCAGGCUCACCUCGGAUGCGUGCAGUAUCCCGACUCGAGCGAAGCGGCAAAAGUUCGCCGCCAGCUCGCGAUGGAGAGGAAGUUGGUCUUUGAGCGGCUGAACCGCCUCGUUCGCGCCGUCAUUGACUGCAAAGGGCACGAUCGUGACUCGGUCGGAACCAAGACGGCACUCGAACUUGCUCGAGCACUUGCGGCCGAGUCGUGGGAAGGCCGUGCCACCCAACUCACCCAGGUUCCGAACAUCGGCCCCGUGGGAAUGAGGAAGCUCGCAAGCAAGGACAUCCGCACCGUCUUGCAACUUGCCGACAAGGAUUAUGAUGAGAUUGAGCGCCUGUUAUCACGACAGCCUCCCUUUGGCAAGAAUUUGCAAGCAGUACUCGAGAAAUUUCCGCGCUUGGACGUGGAAGCCGCUGUCGUUCGCCACAGACUUCAACCAAGGUCGGAGGAGCCCGUCGUCAUCGAGGUGAAGGCGACACUCCGUUACCUAAACAGAAAAGGGCCGCCGAACUGGCUGAAUCGAGUACCAGCCCUAACCUUCCUGGCCGAGACUAGUGAUGGGGUCCUCGUUUACUUCUGGCGCGGGAGUAUGAGAAAACUGGAUGCGCAAGCCGGCUUGGAGUUGAGAUUCUCCGUUGCGCUCCGGGAUGUCAACGAUUACCUCGUUUGCCAAUUCAGUUGCGAGGAGAUCGUCGGCACGGUUGUGUCGAAGAAGGUCGAACACAAGCUGCCGGCGUCGGUGUUUCCCCAAAGGCGGGCUCCAACAAUGGUCGCCUCUAGUCGGGGCACCAGAGCCAACAGUCACGCGUACCUCGACAACGACGAGAUUGAGGACUCGGAUCUACUUCUGGCGGCUGAGAAGGCUCUUGCACACUCCUCAACAGAUGCUGAAGCGAGAGUCACAGCCGAGGAGGGAAUCGAGGAAUAUCCGCCGGUGGAUGAGUUGCGCGAGAUGGCGGGUUCAGGCAGUCAAGCGGCGGACGAGUUCGACAGUCAUCUGGCAGCACAAGAGGAUGCAGACGAGAUGGAUCCCACUCAGAUCACACCCCGGGAGCCCACCAGGUUGCCAAACGGCAAAUGGCAGUGCAAUCAUACAUGCAGCGGAGGAGCGCCUACGAGGUCAGGCAAGCCCUGUAACCAUCGUUGUUGCAGGGAGGGCCUUGACAAACCCCGCAGGCGUCUUUCACAGCGAACGAAGAGGACAAGCGAGAGUGCCAUGGAGGGAACAGUUGACCUGGCCCGAUCCGGGCCGAGCAAGAGGCCACAACAACAUUCUGCGGCACAAGGUCCUGCAUCCGGCACUCAAAAUCCCGCGAAGCGACAGAAGGUUCACGCAUCCGGGUCAACCUCAUCAUUGACUCAAACGACGUUAGUCUUGCCAUGUAAACGUCUCAAUGACGCCCCAGAGAAUGCCAGAAAAAAUGUCGACUUCAACACGGCGGACCUCGAGUGCAUCGAUCUCUCAGGCAUCGACGAAGAUGAUGGCGACAUCUUCAAAACCGGUCCGCAUGGUCUACCGGAAGGAGCAGGAGCAGGAGCUGACGCGGAAGUGUCGAAGAAGCCGGCGCCAAAGGCUGCAGGCAGCUCAGCCGAUGGCAUUACCCAACCGAGAACGGAUUCUCAAACGGCAACAACUGCUCCCAUCUCGGCCACGCCGUUGACAAAACCCCAGACACAUUCUGCUGAGCAGCAGGGCGAUUACGGCGAGGCCUUUGACGAUGACGAUUUUCUGUUUCUCGAAAACUCUCUGUCACCACGUCAUCCCGUCACCCCCGGCGGCACAGCUAGUGCGUUCAAGUCAGGUGCGAGCGACGAAGCCCUGUAUCAGGGGAUAUCCGAGAAGUUCGCCAAAACUGGUGGCGCCGGCGUUUCCCACCAGGAUCUUGGCGACGAAGAUAUCUCAAUGUCCCAGAGACCAGUUGACAAUCCAAGUUCCUCGCUGUUCAUCGACGAUGUGCCACAACUGGGCCCGGACACGUCCCCCAACAGUCCGUCAGAACAUGUGGUGUCGGCGGUAUCUGAUGGAGGAGCUGCGGCCAAUGCUACGGGCACAAACCUGGAGAAGCAGCACUCUAGGCCCGAUGAGCCGGCUUGGGUCGCCGAGUUCGAUCCCGAAUUUGUUGAUAUGUUCAGGGGGUUUGUCACGUUUGUGUGA